AUGGCACCCACGGCGGCCGAAUCAGGCCUGCCCCUGGUGGCAAUCUUCCUUGCGACCUUGGCGUCGACCCUUCUGCUGAAGCCAGUGGCGGCGAACCAGGACGUGGACGCGCUCUCGGCCCUGAGGAGAGGCCUACAGGACCCCAAUGGCGAGUUGAAGAACUGGGACCCGAACCUGGUGGACGCCUGCACCUGGUCCCACAUCACCUGCGACCGCAAUAACAACCGCGUCACCCGCAUAGAUCUUAACAAAAUGAACCUGUCCGGACCUCUGGCGCCGGAGCUCGGCAAACUGGACCGGCUACAAUAUUUGGAGAUCGAUCACAACCGUUUGACAGGGCCAAUCCCAAGGGAGCUGGCUGGGCUGUCCAACCUGAAACAUGCGGAUUUCUCAAACAACAACCUCUGCGGCCCGAUUCCGACGACUGGAGCGUUUAAACGCAUACCUCGGAGUAGCUUUGCCAACAACCCGCGGCUGGGCAGGAAGUGCUAG